CAGAAUAUUCCAGUUACCCCAUCCAGUCAGAGUUGGACCCUUUUGCCUAUCAAAAUCCAAGAAAAUGUCAAACCCGACUCCUGAUGCCAAGCCUGGAAAUUCAGACAACCCUCGGGUAUUCUUUGACGUAGAUAUCGAUGGUGAAAGAGUUGGCCGUAUAGUGUUUGAGGUCUUUGCUGAUGUGGUCCCUAAAACUGCAGAGAAUUUCCGUGCUCUUUGUACCGGUGAGAAAGGGAUUGGUAAAAGCACCGGAAAACCGCUGCACUUCAAGGGCUGUCCAUUCCACCGCAUCAUCAAAAAAUUUAUGGUCCAGGGUGGAGAUUUUUCUAAUCUGAAUGGAACUGGAGGAGAGAGCAUCUACGGGGACAAGUUUGAGGAUGAAAACUUUCACUACAAGCACGACAGAGAGGGGCUGCUCAGCAUGGCCAACGCCGGCCCCAACACCAACGGCUCACAGUUCUUUAUAACCACGGUUCCCACGCCGCAUCUGGACGACAAACAUGUUGUCUUUGGCCAGGUGGUGAAAGGAAUGGGGGUGGUGAAGAAGCUGGAGGGGCUGGAAACAAAGGAAGACAAUCCUGUGAAGCCCUGCGUCAUUGCUGAAUGUGGAGAACAUAAAGCGGGAGAUGACUGGGGCAUCGCACCUAACGACGGCUCAGGAGACGCAUACCCAGACUUCCCUGAGGACUCUGACGUGGACUUUAAAGAUACAAACCAAGUCUUUUCUGUGGCAGAGGAUGUGAAAAACAUCGGGAAUAAUUUCUUCAAGGCUCAGAACUGGCAGUCAGCCAUAUUGAAAUAUUCAAAAGCUCUCAGGUAUCUAGAGUUUUGUGGCAACAUCUUAGACGACGAUAGUGCCCAAAAGAAGCUGGAGCCCACGGCCCUGAGCUGCAUUCUCAACACGGCCGCCUGCAAGCUCAAACUCAAACUCUGGCAAGAAGCACUCGAGAGCUGUGAUGAGGCUCUGGAGCUGAACCAGUCAAACACUAAAGCGUUGUUCAGGAGAGCUCAAGCCUGGCAGGGGCUUAAAGAAUUCAACAAGGCCAUGAUUGAUCUGAAGAAAGCACAGGAGAUUGCACCAGAUGACAAAGCAAUUGGAAAUGAAAUGCUGAAAGUGAAGAAGCAAGUGAAAGAAGAGAAGGAGAAAGAAAAGAAGAUUUACGCCAAAAUGUUUGCGUAAAGGAAACUGCAGUGACCUCACUCCACACCGCCCUACCUGCAUAUGUUC